AUGGCGGCGCCAUAUCAUCACCCACGGCCCUCCGCGCGCGACCACCAUUUCUUCCUCGCCGUUGCCGUGUUCCUGACCGCCGCUGCUUGCGCCGGCGUCGCGGAGGGACGGUACGGCGCUGGUCGGAGCACCCCGGUGGCGGCGAUCGUGAGCGAGGAGCUCUAUUCGUCGCUGUUCCCGCAUAGGGACGACGUGAACUGCUCCAAGGGGUUCUACACCUACGCGUCUUUCAUCCGGGCUACCAGGAAGUUCCCCAAGUUCGGUGGCACCGGCGACCUCGUCACCCGCAAGCGCGAGAUCGCCGCCUUCCUCGCGCAGAUUUCCCAGGAGACGACGGGAGGCUGGGCGGCGGCGCCGGACGGCCCAUACAUGUGGGGUCUGUGUUUCAAGGAUGAGAUCAGCCCGCAGAGCAGCUACUGCGACGCCACGAACAAGAAGUGGCCGUGCUACCCCGGCAAGUCCUACAACGGCAGAGGACCCAUCCAACUCUCAUGGAACUACAACUACGGGCUUGCCGGGGAGGCCCUGGGCUUCGACGGGCUGCGGAACCCAGAGCUGGUGUCCACCUGCCGGGACACGGCGUUCCAGACGGCGCUGUGGUUCUGGAUGACGCCCAGGCAGCCCAGGCCGUCGUGCCACCAGGUGAUGGUUGGCGAGUACUGCCUCAGCACGGCCGACGCUGCCGCCAACCGCACCGCCGGCUUUGGGCUGGUCACCAACAUCAUCAACGGCGGACUCGAGUGCAACAUAGCCAAUAACGAGCGAGUCAACGGCCGGAUCGGCUUCUACCGGAGGUACUGCCAGGUCUUCGGCAUCCACGUCGGCCCCAAUCUCGACUGCGCGCACCAGCUGCCAUACUCCUGA